AUGGCAGACAUUGAUUGCCUAGGAUUAGGUGAGCUGGAUUCGAGCCUAGUGUACGCUAUGCUGAGCGAAUUCAUUGGAUGUACCGCGAUAUGCUUUUUUGGCUGCGGAAGCUCUAUGAAAUUUGAUCCCGAGACACCAUUUUAUAUGUUCAGUGUCGCUCUGACUUUUGGCAUAAUGUACACAGUUUGCACAUUCAUGUUCGCCGAUAUGUCAGACGCUCACUUCAACCCUGCCAUCACCGCAGGAUUAAUGAUCAUUAAUGAGACAAAGGUACUGCGAGGAGCGCUUUACAUUGUGAUGCAUCUACUUGGUUGCUGCCUUGGAGUUUUGUUCCUACUUUGCGUAACUCCCUUUGACAGGGAGCGGAAAUUUUUCUACAGAAAUUACACGCUUGGAUAUACAGCCCCGAGCAAGUACAUUUCAGCCACGCAAGCGUUGCUCAUCGAAACGCUCGUCACAUUCAUACUGAUGAUGACUAUUCUCCUAACAACGCGCACGAGUAACUCGAGUGUUCGUUUGUUCGGACCUUUCGCGAUUGGAUUUAUUUUUAUAGCCGGUAUCACUGCGUUCGGCUCAAACACCGGCGGGUCGUUUAAUCCGGCGAGAAGUUUUGCACCAGCUCUGUUAGCCAGACACUGGCACGAUCAUUGGGUUUACUGGUUGGGACCAAUUCUCGGUUCGGUGGUAGCCGCUUUUUUAUACAAAUGCAUAUUCAAGUCAGCAAUUGAGGAGGGAGAAGAAUCGGAAGAAGAAGACGCAACGGAUAAAUCCAACGAUGUAGUGGCAAAGCCAGGAGAAAAAGAAUCCCAAGAAAGAAAAGGGGAAGAAAAGAAACUGUGA